UAUUCGGCCAAGAUGGCGGCGCCGCCUCUAGAUGAGGCUAGCCUGCAGUCUCGCAUCAACGCAGCUACUAGCCCUCAAAAUAAAGAGACAGACUGGAACUGUAUCAAAGAAUUUUAUGAGCAGCUCAACAAUGAACCUGAAGGACCCCAGCUUGCAACAAGACUUCUGGCUCACAAAAUCCAAUCUCCUCAGGAAUGGGAGGCUAUGCAAGCACUUACAGUGCUCGAGACCUGCAUGAAGAACUGUGGGAAGAAAUUUCACUCUGAAGUAGGCAAGUUCAGAUUCCUCAAUGAGCUCAUCAAGGUGGUAUCACCUAAGUAUUUAGGUUCCCGGGCACCAGAACCAGUGAAGAAGAAGGUUAUAGAAAUCAUGUAUAGCUGGACAUUAACACUCCCAGAUGAGGCCAAAAUUUCAGAAGCUUAUCACAUGCUGAAAAAGCAGGGUAUUGUCAAGCAGGAUCCAGCACUUCCUGAUGACAAGCCCCUCCCCCCACCUCCACCUAGAGCCAAAAGUGCUGUCUUUGAUGAUGAAGAAAAGUCAAAGGCACUGUCUCGGUUAUUGAAGAGCACACACCCUGAUGAUUUAAGAGCAGCAAACAAACUCAUUAAGGAAAUGGUCCAAGAGGAUCAGAAGCGCGUGGAAAAGGUAUCAAAGCGAGUUAAUGCCAUCCAGGAGGUGAAUGAGAGUGUGAGCCUGCUGAGCCAGCUGCUGGAAGGCUACAGCAAAGAAAGCAGUUCUCAGAGCAACCAGGAACUCAUUAAGGAUCUUUACCAGCGCUGUGAGAAAAUGAGGCCGACACUCUUCCGGUUAGCCAGUGACACUGAAGAUAAUGAUGAUGCUCUAGGUGACAUAUUGGAGGCAAAUGACAGGUUGACUCAAGUUAUAAACAUGUACAGACAGCUGAUAAAAGGUGAAGUGAUUAACAAAGAUGACAUAACGCAAUCAGAAGAAGUCAACAGCAACUCAGCACUUUUAGACCUGGCAGGUAUCAGUCCAUUGACUGACUCGACACCGUCCAACACGGACCCCUCCUGCCUCGAGACCCUGACCCAGAAUGUGGGCAUCAGCCUUUUGGAUGAUGAACUCAUGUCACUGGGACUGAAUGUAACCGAGAACUCCCACACAACUUCUCAGUGUCACAAUAGUCCAGAAAAGUCCACUCCUAUCCCAGGUGCAGCGCUGAUCCCACCUGCUGUCCAGAAAGUACAAGCCUCACCAAUAGAGGGCGGUAGUGCACCAGCCAAUGCUUUGGAUGACUUGGACAUACUGGGGAAGACUCUGUUACAGCAGUCCUUACCGCCGGAGAGUCAGCAGGUCAAAUGGGAUAAACUUCAGACCCACAGUAAGGUUUCAUUGAGAGACUUGCAGAGUAUGGCAAAUUCCACACUUGAUCCUGCCUCCUCUACACCUGCACUUUUGAACCAGCCCAUCACUACUUCAGCACCAGUGUCCAUGCCUGCUAUUGACCCUCAAAGUAUUUCCUUAUCUGACCUUACAGUCCCUCUGGAAACAAUCAGACCAAGCACCUUAUUACCUGUUACUGUAAUGGACAAACACAGUCUUCGAGUGCUGUUUACAUUUGCCCGUGAUUGUCCGCCCUCUCGCCCAGAUGUGCUUGUUGUAAUCAUCUCCAUGUUAUCAUCAGCCCCUGUUCCUAUCACCAAUAUCCGCUUCCAGGCAGCUGUACCCAAGAUUAUGAAGGUUAAACUACAGCCGCCAACUGCAACUGAACUUCCAGCCUUCAACCCCAUUCUCCCUCCAGCCGCCAUUACACAGAUUCUGCUGUUGGCAAAUCCUCAAAAGGAGAAAGUGAGACUGCGGUACAAACUCACAUUUAACUUAAAUGACAACUUUUAUGACGUAUCUGGUGACGUCGACCAGUUCCCUCCUCCAAAUACGUGGGGCAACCUCUGAGAGAAAGAGGCCACAAGAAACUUUAUGAAGAGAUCAUUUAUUACAUUUUUUUAAAAGACCACUUGAGCAAUCCACUACUGGUCUUGUGCUUACUUUGUGCCUUCCUUCACUGACUCUCUUUCCAGCUAACAGUAAUGUGAAUCAAGGAGACUUGGUGAAAUCAAUGGUCUUUGUUUUAUGUCGAUGAAGAAAAACAAUUUUCCAUUUUAUGUGAAUUUAACCGCUGUCUUUUAAAAAAUACCCAAAUUGUAGUUCAU